UGUUACGAUGCAAGAGAGCGAAACCCAGUCAGGGGUGUAUACAGUUGUUCUAGACGCAAACACUUGGAGGGACAAUGACGGUCUUAUUGUAACUUGCAAGGUCUCUAACGAUGAUUAUGUACACGACCUAAACAGUUCAGCAAAAUUGGUUUACAUGGUGCACACUCAACCCUUGAACUUUUCCCUCGAUAAAGUACAGAAUAGUUCACCGUAUUUUGAUUCCCUGACAGGCGAAACGGAUCUAAAAGGCGACUACAGUACACGGUCGUUGAAGUUUUCAUUGGAGCCAAUUUUGAUAGGAAUAGGAGCAUUUGUUGUUCUCUGUAUUUUCGUUGCGUCAGCAAGUAAGUAUUAUGGCGUCUUUUAUUAUUUAAGAAUUUUAUUGAGGACAGAUGCGGGCAAAGCAGAAGUCACAUCACCAGUGAUCGAUUAUUCUCCCUCUCUUGAUACAAAUGUGUAUGUGGACAUGUCUGAGACAUCAAUGCAUAUGAAUGCCUCUCACGAUUUGGAGGACGAUCAUGUUGAAAUGAAGACACGGGCUGACUCCAUUGCCCGGAAGCCAAUCACACCUAUUGAGGUAUUCCAUAGCAAAUGA